AAUUUUGAGUGUGAUCAUCAACAGAUUGGCGACUCCAUUGGGGAUCGAACCCAGAAUCUCUGGUUUCCAUAUUCUAGGUAAGAUCAUGCAUUAGACAUGGAUUUUACCGAGGAUAUAACUAGACAAGGGAAGAGACUUGGGGAAGAUGUCACAUCUCAUUCUACCACUAAGAAGGCUAGGGAGUCAAUCUUUUCAAUCAAUACCUCCAAACCCGACUUGAAGCUGCUGAAAAAGGCUUAUGACUUGUUGUCCUCUAAAGAGAAGCAUGACUUUGAGAAUAUCAAGCUUUGGUGUUCCCACAAUUUGAGUUUGUGCCCACCAUUGAUGAGUAUCAUCACUUCCUACGGUGUAGUCCUGCGGUGUAGUCCUAUAGUGGAUUCUUUUACCUUCACUCCUCAAGCACAACAUAUGAAGUUCACACUAGAAAAAGUUCAAGAAAUGUUGCAAGCUAUGUGGGGGUUUUCAUUUGAAUUCUCACAACCAUUGGUGACAACUAGAGAUGAUUCUUAUGGGUUUGAUUGGAAUGCAACAUUAAUGGCUUUGGGAAAGAAAUUGGAAGGCAUGACAUCUUUUCACAAGAUUAACUUUGUGGCAUUAGGAAUUUAUGGCAUGGUGAUCAUUCCUAUCUAUCUCAAGACCAUUGCACCCAUGGUGAUAGCUUUGUUUGAGCAAUUAUCCAGCCGCUUCUCGGGUUGCAUUGAGUUGUUCACCGCAUGGGCACAUGGUCACUUAAGGGAUCCUCAAUUUGAAGCUUUAUUUAGCAUUCCUGUGAAAGAUAGAAAGACGAAGGAUUGGCAUCGAUCACUUGUAGUAGCAAAUGUUAAUGAUGUUGGAUUUGUUCUCCCAACUGGGAAUGCUACUCAUUAUCUUGCUCCACCUGAAGGAUAUCACUUUAUUCCUUUGUUGGGUAUUCAUGGAGGGUCACACUUUGAUUACAUGUCUUUCCCAACAACUGUUGACAAGGUAUUCGAAGCACAUGAGGUGUGGGAGAAAUGUAGGAUGCUACCUACAUGGAAAGAGAAUGGGAUUAGACCACAAUAUGAGCAAUGGAGAUUGAGUUUGAUAGCUAAGCUUUCUUUGCCAUGGGAGACCAUCAGUCUCACUUUGUCCACUUUGACUACUAGUUCGGUUCCUUCACUUGCAUGCUUAAUACCCACAAUACCAGUUCCACCUGUCCCUAUUCCAUCAUCUACCAUUACACUAGCCUCAUACCCACCAUUCGAGAUGAACAACCCUACCUUGCCCACAAUCACACCUCUUACCCUUAACAUACCACCUUUGAUGGGACAAGUGCCGGCUAUUCAACCCAACCCCUUGGUUGAUAUGUUAAGGCCUGCUUUGGAGGAAAGGAAGUCAAAAGAGGUCAAUCAUAAGUUGCAACAAUUGGAAGAGGCUUUGAAAGCGAUGCAAGGGCCACAAUCUUAUGGUUCUAUUGAUUUAGAUGAUCUUUGCUACUAUUCAGGAAUUCAAACAAAUUUCAAGUUCAAGCAGCCGGAUUUUGACAAAUAUGAUGGCUCAGGUUGUCCUUAUGCCCACCUGCAGAUGUAUGCCAGGAAGAUGGUACCCUAUGCUAAUGAUGAGAGGGCUAAGUGUGAAUACCACAAUGUGGUGGGUCAUGGCACUGAGAAUUGUGCAGCUUUGAGACAUAGAAUUCAAGAUCUCAUCGAUGAGGGUAAACUUCAGCUUGAUGUUAAGGAAGCCAAGGGUGUUCCAAACAUCACUCAAAAUCAUUUACCUCCGCAUGAUGCAAGCACAAUGAAUACGAUCACUUUUAAUGCACCGAUUGCACAAAUGAGCUUGAAUGUUUUGCCAAUGAUGAUUGAUGAUGUUGUGAUGUGUCUUUAUCACUCUAAUAUGAAGGGGCAUGCUUUGCAAGAUUGCAAAGAUUUUCAGAGAAAGAUCAAAGAGCUGCAAGGAAUGGGAGUUUUGAGGUUUACAUCUACCCAAGAGGUAGAGAAAUUCAUAGCACCAGUGACUGAAGAAUACUUCACUAAAGAGAGGCCUUACAUUCUACAAGAUACUACAAAAGCACAAGUUAUGCCUCAAUGCUCUACCAUCUUGAAUUCUACAACUAAUGAUGUGUUUAAUAUGACCCGUAGUGGUCAAUGCUAUGUGAAUCCCGAAGUGGAAGAAUUGAGAAAGGUUGUCUUGAAAUCAAAAGAUAUCAGAAUUGAAGAGAUGCCAGAAGAAUCACCCAAGAAGCUAGUGUUAGAAAAUGAAGUCGCAGAAUUUCUGAACAUUUUGAGGAAAAGUGAGUAUAGCAUCAUUGAACAGCUCAACAAAACCCCUACAAAAAUUUCUGUUUUAGAAUUGAUGCUGUCAUCUGGGGUUCAUCUUGACACAUUGCUCAAAGUCUUAAAAGAGGCCUAUAUGCUUAAGAACAUUGAUACUCAAAAGUUUGUGACUGUGGUUGAGGCAAUCUUAGCUCCAAAUUAUAUUAAUUUCAGUAAUGAUGAGAUUCCCAAUGAAGGAAAUGGACAUACUAAAGCUCUCCAUAUUUCAGUCCAAUUGGAUGAGUCUCACAUUAAUCAGUGCAAUAUAGUGGUUUGUGCUUUUGACGGAACAAAGAGGAAUGUGGUUGGAAAGAUUGAGCUUCUAGUGGAAAUUGGCCUUGUGACUUUUGAUGUGGAUUUCUUUGUUAUGGACGUUUCUCCUGCUUUUAAUAUGCUCCUUGGGAGACCUUGGAUACAUGUCAGCGGAACAGUAACAUCCACCUUGCAUCAAAAAGUUAAAUACAUCGUCAAUGGUGUUCUUGUCACGGUGAAUGGCAAGGAAGAACACGUCAUCCGAAAGGCUACAACCAUUCCUUACUUGGGAAUUGAUCCUGGAACUUAUGAAUCCUUUUAUCACUCAAUGGAGUGUGUUGUGGCUUCUUAUAUACAUCCAAAGUUCAAAGGGAAAUGGGCUGAAAUGGCUAAACCUGCCAAGGUUGCUGCUAAGAUCAUGCUUUCAUGUCAUUACCAAUUAGGAGAGGGUUUAGGAUUGAAUGGACAAGGAAUUCUCGAGCCUAUUGAGGAAAUUCAAACUUGGGGCACUUUUGGUCUGGGAUACAAGCCAAAGAAGGAAGAUUGGCAGAGAAUGCGUGAUAUUAAAGCGAAGAAACGCCUUGCUAGACUUCAAGGGAGAGAUACGAGGGAUGAGCCAAAAUGGGUGCCGCACAUCAGAGUCACGUUUCCACAACCUGUUGAGAUUUUGUGCUCCUCGCUUGAUGGAUAUGUGAUGAAGCAUAUGGAUGUUUUAUAUGUAGAUCUAGAAGGUACUAUUUUCACUAAUAGAUUGCUUGAAAUUGGGGAAUGUGCAAAACAAGCAAAGUUUGAGGACGUAGUUGUGGAAGAUAUCACUGAUGAAGUCUGUUCUGAUGAUGAGGAAGACAAUUUUGGUUUCAAUAGCCUCUUUGGGCCAGCCAACAUGACAUAUCCUAAGGAAAGGGGGAGAAGGAUCUUGCUGAAAGGGCAUUCAUGGAGAGGCACCCCAACUUCCAUCUCAUUCAUUAUGCAAAAGCUCCAAUGGGAUCACAUGAUUCAUGCCAUUCCACUCUAUUCUAGGGCCAAGCCAAUCAAGCAAAGGCUAAGCAGGAUGAAGCCAGAGGUUCUAUUGAAAGUCAAAGAGGAAGUGCAAAAGCUACUAGAUGUCAAUUUCAUUGAAGUAGCUAUGUAUCCGAAAUGGGUAGCCAAUAUUGUUCCUAUAAUGAAAAAGGAUGGCCAAGUUAGAGUCUAUGUUGAUUAUAGAGAUUUGAACAAAGCAAGCCCCAAGGUUGAUUUUCCAUUGCCUCAUAUUCAAAUCCUGCUAGAUAAUGCUGCCAAAAAUUCUCGGUUGAUGGCUACUCUAGGGGCAACAUACCAACACCUUCUAAUUACUUUAUUACAUGACUUUGUGCAUACCAUUGUUGAGCUAUAUGUUGAUGACAUGGUGAUUAUGUCCAAAGAAAAGGUGCUACAUACAAAAAAUCUCAAGAAGGUGCUUGAACGCCUUAGAAAACACCAACUAAGACUUAAUCCUGCCAAAUGUACUUUUGAUGUGGAUUUCGGAAAGCUACCUGGCAUCAUUGUGAGCCGCCGAGGAAUAGAGAUUGACCCAACCAAAAUAAAAGCCAUUGAUGAAAUACCACCACCAAAAACCCAAAAAGAAAUCCGAAGUUUCCUAGGAAGAAUUAAUUACAUUGCCCGUUUCAUUGCCAACCUCACCACCAUUUGUGAGCCUAUCUUCAAACUCCUCAGAAAAGACAACCCUUAUACCUGGAAUGACCAAUGCCAACAAGCCUUUGACAAAACCAAAGAAUACCUCAAAAACCCAUCAAUCCUUGUGCCACCAACUGAUAAAAGGCCUUUCAUCUUAUAUAUCACUGUCCUUGGAGAAUCCAUGGGAGCCGUCCUUGUCCAACAUGAAGACUUAGUGGAGGUAGAAUUUGAUUCAGAUAAUUGGAAGCUCUUCUUUGAAGGAGUUGUUAACCAGCUUGGUUGUGGCCUUGGAGCCAUGUUGGUAUCCCCAAAGGGUGAUCAUUUUCCUAUUGCUAUAAAGCUUGAUUUUGCUUGUACCAACAACAUAGCCAAAUAUAAAGCUUGUAUUGCAAGAAUACAUGCUGCUCUAGAUAUGAAUUUCUUGCAAAAUGGGGAAUAUCAUCUUCAUGCUUUUGAGGUGAACAAGAAGACAAUCAAAAAAUUGGCACCUUCAUACUUCUUGAGCAGAAAUACAUUGUAUAAGCACUCUGCUGAUAUGACCUUGUUGAGAUGUGUUGAGGAAACAAAAGCAAAACAAGUCAUGACUGAGGUCCAUGAAGGGAUAUGUGGAACACAUGCCAAUGGAAGAAUGCUUGCUAGAAAGAUCCUUAGAGCUGGGUAUUAUUGGUUGACUAUGGAACAUGACUACAUCAAGUAUACACGAGCUUUUAAUCCUAAAGCUUCCAAUGGUCAUCAAUUUAUCUUGGUUGCUACUGAUUAUUUUACCAAAUGGGUGGAAGCAACAUCUUAUGCUAGUGUUACAAAGAAGGUGGUCACUUGCUUCAUCAAAAGAGAGAUCAUCUGCAGAUAUGGACAGCCAGAGGCCAUCAUUACUGAUAAUGCAAGCAACUUGAACAAUGACAUGAUGACUGCGCUAUACAAAACCUCUGUUCGCACUUCAAUUGGGGCAACCCCUUAUUCUUUGGUAUAUGGAAUGGAGGCAGUACUACCAAUUGACCUAGAAAUUCCUUCCAUGAGAAUUUUAUCUGAGUCAGGGAUUAAUGAGGAAGACUUGAUUCAGAAAAUGAUAGAUUAUCUCAAUUUGCUUGAUGAGAAACGAUUGGCUGCUCUUUGUCAUGGCCAAUGCUAUCAACGACGAAUGGUAGCAGCUUACAACAAGAAAGUCAAACCUAGAGUAUUUCAUCAGGGAGAUAUCAUCUUAAGGAAGAUCAUGCCAAAUGAAAGGGACCCUAGAGGCAAAUUCACACCAAAUUAUGAAGGGCCCUAUGUUAUUAAACAAGCUUUCUCUAAAGGAGCACUCUUGUUGAGAUAUCUAGAUGGAAUUGAUUAUCAUCACCUGGUGAAUGCCAAUGCUGUCAAAAUGUAUUAUUGCUAAAAAAAAAAAAAAAAAGUUAGGUUGAAAACUCAAAAAGGCGGCCUAAUAAAUUAAAUGUUUCCUU